GGCUCUUUUCGCUUAUGCGGGCUGCUUGGGGGCCUCCGCCGCCGCCGGAGAGACUGGACGCUUUCCUUUCUUUUUUUUUUUUUCAACCCCUCUUUUCUUUCUUUCUUUUUUUUUCCUCCUCUCAUGUGUUCACUUCCGGGUCCGGUGCCGCUCCGGAUGCUCGAGGCCGAAGGAUGUUUGACCUCCGGAUAAGCGAGGCUCCGCCGUGCAUUCAUUCCCGGUUGCAUCGGUGGCCACAGCCGCGGCCCGGACGGCGACUCGGCGCUCAGCGGCGGCAGUAGGAGGCGCCGGCGGCGGCGCGCGGAGCCAGUAGACGCGGGCCAGACCCUCCCUCGCUAGCGCCUUCCUUCCCCGGCCUCGUUCAUCUUCUGCGGCCGCCGGCGGCGGGGAUGUGCCGGCGCUGACGGGCGGACGCGCGCGCCGGGCCGAGCCCGCUGCCCGCGGCCGCGCCUCUGAGCUCUCUGUCAACACCAGCUUACAUCACUGAGAAGAUAAUUUUGAAGACAUACUUUGCUGAGAAGACAACUGACAAGUUGUACGAAUGGGAUGAACACGCAUCACUUGACUGACUCUCCGCUGAAGUUUGAGUGCUAGCACUGCUCCUAGGGCACUACCACCUAGUGAUGCUCCUGUUCUUACCGCACCCAUUUCAUCGCGCUUGUCUUGAUUAAAGAAUUCAAAGUGGAGUACCGCAAACUUGAUAUGGAUAAUAAAAAGAAAGACAAGGACAAAUCAGAUGAUAGAAUGGCACGGCCCAGUGGUCGGUCAGGGCACAGCACUCGAGGAACUGGGUCUUCUUCAUCUGGAGUUUUAAUGGUUGGACCUAACUUUAGAGUUGGGAAAAAAAUCGGAUGUGGCAAUUUUGGAGAAUUACGAUUAGGGAAAAAUUUAUACACAAAUGAAUAUGUGGCGAUUAAACUGGAGCCCAUGAAAUCCAGAGCACCGCAGCUGCAUUUGGAAUACAGAUUCUAUAAGCAGUUAGGAUCUGGAGAUGGUGUACCUCAAGUUUACUAUUUUGGCCCUUGUGGUAAAUACAAUGCCAUGGUGCUGGAACUGCUGGGACCCAGUUUGGAAGAUUUGUUUGACCUCUGCGAUAGAACAUUUUCUCUGAAAACAGUUCUCAUGAUAGCUAUACAGCUGAUUUCUCGCAUGGAGUAUGUCCACUCAAAGAACUUGAUAUACAGAGAUGUGAAGCCUGAGAACUUCUUAAUAGGACGGCCAGGGAACAAAGCCCAGCAAGUCAUUCAUAUCAUAGAUUUUGGUUUGGCAAAGGAAUAUAUUGACCCAGAGACAAAGAAACAUAUACCAUACAGAGAACACAAAAGCCUUACCGGAACAGCCAGAUACAUGAGCAUAAACACACAUCUAGGAAAAGAGCAGAGUAGAAGAGAUGAUUUAGAAGCUUUAGGCCACAUGUUCAUGUACUUCCUGAGAGGCAGUCUUCCUUGGCAAGGCUUAAAGGCUGACACAUUAAAAGAGAGGUAUCAGAAAAUUGGAGACACAAAACGAGCCACACCGAUAGAAGUGCUGUGUGAAAACUUUCCAGAAGAAAUGGCAACAUAUCUUCGUUACGUGCGAAGGCUAGAUUUUUUUGAAAAGCCAGACUAUGAUUACCUAAGAAAGCUUUUUACUGACUUGUUUGAUCGCAAAGGGUAUAUGUUUGAUUAUGAAUAUGACUGGAUUGGUAAACAGUUGCCUACUCCAGUAGGUGCAGUUCAGCAAGACCCCGCUCUGUCAUCGAGCAGAGAAGGACACCAACACAGAGAUAAGAUACAGCAGUCCAAAAACCAGUCGGCAGACCACAGGGCAGCUUGGGACUCCCAGCAGGCAAAUCCCCAUCAUUUGAGAGCUCACCUUGCAGCAGACAGACAUGGUGGCUCGGUACAGGUUGUAAGUUCUACAAACGGAGAGCUAAACACGGAUGACCCCACGGCAGGACGGUCAAAUGCACCCAUUACAGCCCCUACAGAAGUAGAAGUGAUGGAUGAAACCAACUGCCAGAAAGUAUUGAAUAUGUGGUGCUGCUGUUUUUUCAAACGAAGGAAAAGGAAAACCAUACAACGUCACAAAUGACUGGACACAGACAGAUCCUGGGGAGUCACUUACAUGUUCAUAUGCUGUCUCGUGAUUAAAAUCAUCUCUAUAGUGACCACAUAUAUUUUCAAGGACUCACUCUUGAAACAAAAAUGUCAUACUUUCAUACUUCAUUUUGUGGUUGUCUUACAUCCAUCCCCCCACCCUUAAUUUAACUUUAUGGAAGCUUUAAAAUUUUGUCAGAACGUGAGUGCUUUGCCCAUCAUUGAUUGAAUGGACCAAUGAAGUGGUAUUGAUGAACACAGUUCCAGAGGACAGUUUCCAGAAGCUCUUCUGUCCUAGAAAACAAUACAGGUGUCCAAAUGUCAAUUAAUUGUACCUAAUUUGAUUUCUUUAUGUCUUCUAUAAAAGCAUAAUCAAACAGGAAUUUUCUUCCCACUGGAUAUUACAGCAGAGAAAACAGUUGCCCAAAUAUUAAAAACAACUUUCUUGAACAGUUCCUGUUUUGUGACAUCUGCAUUGAUUUUCGUGUGACUGAUGGUACUGUUACUCAUGAAUCAUAUUGACAUUCUCUCUGUGAAAUCAUGGUACAGCCACUGCCCAGAGGUACUGAGGAAAACGUACUGUGGGAUUGGCAAGCUGUGGCGGUAAAUAAAUCAGCAGUGUUGGAAAUGUGAGCUCGGCUUCUGUGGCGCCCUGUGUGAAGUGCAGCUGCAGAAGAAGCAGGCGCGCCGGGGACAUUUGUUUAAUGUCACUCUCUGCUUCCAGAUGAUAAUAUAUAAUAGAUGGCAAGAAGUGAGUACUGGAGAAGUAAUGUAUGUGAGAGUUUAAAAACACCCUAAGGAAAGGGUAAAAAUGUGAAACUUGUUUCAGUGUGUAAGGCUGGAGCCCCUUAAGAGCCUACUGCCCACUGGCCACAUUUGUCUCAGAAGCAGAAACCUGAGGACGUGCCAUACAGUGGUGGCUGCUUGUGAUGUUGUUCUUCAAUUAAAGAAAAGAAUCAUACUCCCAGCAAUAAACCCGGGUCUCUGCUGCCCUCUGCACAUUAGUCUCUCUUCAGCUGUGCUAGUUCUCUGAGAUCCCUGUCUUGAGCAUAAAGUCGAUGAUUGGAGAAUGUUCUGGAGAGGGUGGGCUGGGUGCUUUGCCUCCAUAGCUUUCACAGUGCCUGCAUAUGAACAGCGUCACGGUUCUGUUACUAGCCAACACCAUUCCACUUUGCAAGUGUGCUUUGUUUUACGCCAUAAGGACACAGCAUCCUCUUUGUCUCAUCAUCAGCCGGGCUGUCGCGAGUUCAGAGCCAGGCUAGAAAGACGCUGUUGAUCGUAUCACACAUUCACCUUCUACCCAGAACCUUGCCCCUCCCCGCGCUCCUUCUCUGUCUAAGUGUGAACCUUCAGGUAUGCUUAUUUAUUUUUUUGUCUCAAGGGUAACAUUUAAACUAUGUAUUAAAGGAAAUGAAUCCACAUUUUUUUACUUCAUUAUUGAAUUUACAGGUAUUUAAUUGUAUUUUAUAAUUUAUUUUUCUUAUUAGCCAAAAGUUCAAUGUGUUGCUUUUGAUAAAUUGGGCACCCACAUAAACAUCCCAAAUCAGGAUAUUGUUUAUCUUUUUUCUUGAUUUUUGAAGACCUACACUCAACUAAGAAAACAUUUACUGUAUAAUUUGAUCAACAGUUUUCAUUCUUUUUGUAUACUGUCAUGAUAUCUAAACUACAGGAGUUAAAUACUGAUUUUUUUGUUUGUUUGUUUGUUUGCUUUGAGCAACGUAGAUGGAUAUUUUGGCCAUUUAUAAUGUGAAACCACUUCUUUACAGUAUUUGACCAAAUUUGUGUGUCUAUGAUAUUUGUAAAUACAUGUGAUAUCUGUAUUUCUUAUCAUAAACCUAUUUAGUUUUAUUCUCAGUAGGGUUUUUUGGACUGUACAGUGUUUAUAUGAUCUGAACUCCUUAUACAUAAGAAGGUGUGUAUAUUAAUCCAAUUAUGGACUUAAAUAUUUUAAAAGUAUGAAUACCCUUAUUUGCUGCAAAGGCCAGUGUGUAAACAUUUGCUUUUUAGCAAUAUUUUUAAGUGCUCCAUUUUAGUGCUGGAGAAAAGUCUUUGGCACACAGACUGGUCAGUAAUAGGUAAUGCAGGUAUGUUCAGGUAAAGCCAACAAUGUUUUGCAUUUUUAUGCUUCUUUUCUGUCAACACUAAUGAAAUCAACAUUGCCUGAAUGUCUGAAUACUGAAACACAGCCCUGUUUAAAAGUAUGUAACUGAAAAAGAAAUAAAUAAAGGUAGUUUUUUUAAACUCGCUCUUUCCCCUUUCCUCUAACCACGAGUGAACUAAUGUUAUUCAGUGCUGCAUAGAGCUUUAAAAAUUAACUUCUGUUUGUUUACUACUUACUCUAAGAAGCAGAGCAGAAGGAAGCAGCUUUUGUUACUUGGUUUCUGCCUCUGUUCACUGGAGCACAGUUUGUAAGGAGCACAUAACAGGAAGGAUGCAAGCUUUGCUUUCAUUUAUUUUUAUUUUUAUUUUUUAUUUUUUUUUUGAGUUACUUAAUAGAACAAUUAGGUAAAGCUGUCCUCUAAUAACAGUGAUUUUUAUUUCUGGUUUGAAAAUGAAGUCAUGCUACUUAUGAAAGUUCACUGUUAAUUCAUUUUAAGCGAAUAAAGUAAUUUCAGAUGAGGAACAUAAAUAUAUUUGCACCAGUAAUUUGACUUCUCCAUAUGGUAGGUCCUUUAAGCAUUUUACCAAUGUGUUAAUGGAGCCUUGUUUACUGAAGGAUAGAUACGGUAAGCACGGUUGGGCAAGCAGAACCACUUUGUCUGCAACUAGUCUGUGUUGUUGAGCCCCAGAGCAUGGAAGAAUGGAGAACUGGGGAGAAGACUCAGCAGGUGCGAGCGCUUUCCAUACAAGCGUGAGGGUAUAAGUUCAAAUCCCAGGAACCUCUGUAAAAGCCCAGUGCACGUGUUACUCCAGCAUCGUGCCCUGCAAUAGCUGAAGGCUCACUGGGGCGUGCUGGCUGCCAGCCUAGCUCCAGUCUCAGUGAGAGGAGCCCUUGUCUCCGAUGGAAGUAGAAAGUGAAAUGCCCUUCUCUCGGUUCUGUGUGUGUCUUAAGGUUCCUCUUGCUGCAAUGAAACUUCAUGUUCAAAGCAACUUGUGGAGGAUAAACAAUACAGUUCAUCCUUACACUUCCACAGCAUUGCUAUUCAUAGAAGGAAGUCAGAGCAGAAACCCAAACAGUAUCAGCCUGGAGGUAGGAGCUGAUGCCGAGGCCGUGGAGAAGUGUUGCUUACUGGCUUACUCUCUCCCUGUGGUUUGUUCAGCCUGCUUUCUUAUAAAACCCAGGACCCCCAGCCCAUGGACGGUCUACCUAUUGGGCCCAGGACCACAAUGGGCAGGGCCUUCCCCAUCAGUCACUAAGAAGAGGCCUUACAGGCAUGUCUACAACCAGAUCUUACGGAGGCAUUUUCUUCAUUGAGGUUCCCUCCUGUCAGAUGACUUUAGCUUGUGUCAAGUUAACAUGAAAUUCUCUAGUACAGUAUGUAUAUGAUGACACACAGGGCCAGGAAAAUGAUCUGAUAAUGACAUGUAAUCAGGUUUUAGCUGGAGAACGUAGUCUGAUUUUAGAGUGAGUUCUAGUCUCUGUAUUUGCAUUAGUAAGAAGCUUUCAACAGCAAAUGAUAACCCAAAUCAAGCAAUAAGAAGCAAUAUUUCACUGAACUGUAAAGCCCAGUGCUAAAACCAGCUUCUGGUCAGUAAUCUUGGUGUUAAAGCAGCAUCUGCCUUCCUCUUAUGUCAUCUUUGCUUUACUUUGGUGUUCCCAAUUUUACUUUUUCAGAGUGAGGGAGGGUCAACUGGCUGUUCAGCAACACGAGACUUUGAUGGUUCGCUCUUGAUAACCAAGUAAAAACAGCAAUCUCUCAGCAGGUCCAAAAAGUUUCCAUUUUUGUGGAAUGGAGCAAAGAACUGUGGCCAAACAGUUGCUGUGCUCCUCAUGGUUGGGUCUGAGCCAUAGGCCCCUGUUUAAAGAACACUUGAGAAAGGCACAUAAAAGGACAUGAAGAUAGUUAACAGUGGUCAGAUCUAAUGCUUGUAAAAACAAACAAACAAACAAUCCAAAACCAACAGCAACAAAAAUGCUGCCAUUACACAAAUGCAUGUAUACAUGUGCGUGCACACACACACACACAGACACAUACACACACAUGCAACAACAUACACAAUAUGUUUAAAUGCAUAGAUUUAAAAUCGGUAUGAAUGGAUGCUCUAGAUACAUUAGGAAUGCUUGAAAGUAGAUUAAAAGAGAAAUGCUGAUGAUUUGGACAAGGGUGUUUACCAGCAGGGGAAAGAAAGAUAACAAAUAGUUUCAUUAUUUAAGUUUCAGCACACAGAAAUGAAACUGUAAAAAUCACUUCAUUAGCCUCAAGUAUCUCACUUGGGCAGUUUAAAAGAUAAUGACAUAUUUUGUUUAGACAUGAACAUCAGGGGGAAAAUGUGAAUGCCCCCAAGUUUGGUAUAGGAUAUGGUAAAUUGGAGGUUUAUAUAUGAAUAUAAAAAAGUACAGGAUGUAAGUCUAAAACUCAGAUAAAAUGUGAAAGUUAUCUGCAUGAUAUUGGGGCAAUAUUGGUAACACCUAUUGACUUACAAGAAGCCAAGGAAAACUACUCAAAAUCAACUUGCUUGUUUUUAAAUCAGUUAUCGGUGACCAUACUUGUCUUUACAACUUACUCUUGCAAAGCUUAGUGGGCACAAACAUGUUCCUUUCCUUGGGUUGUUGCAGUCAAAUGCCAUGAACUCCAUCCCAUAGCUAGUGAGUAGUAGCUUUCAACAAACAGAUGAACCACUCAGGAAGUUCUUUGUCCCUUUAACCUAAAUCAAUCAAUCUCUCUCUCUCUCUCUCUCUCUCUCUC